AGCAGGAGUUGAAAGUCACUCGGCUCUUUCUUUGCAACAGGACUGUGGGGGGCGUGCCGACGGAGACGGGCUGUUCAUCGUUCAGGCAUGGCUGGAAACACCGCGAGAGGAACGAGAAAAGUGCUGUUUUAGUUCCUACGAAAACCGAACUGUUUGCUGAAGCGGAUUUUGUUGUGGUUUUCGUCGCUUUCGGUGUUCACCGCGUUUACGAAUGAAUUGCACCAGAGUUUUGCACAUCUUGAACCCCAGACCGAUGCCAUCUCCAAUCAUGCCUGUGGAUGUGGCCAUGAGGAUCUGCCUGGCACACUCCCCACCCCUCCGCAGCUUCCUUGGUUCAUACGAGGACUGCAAGUCCAGGAACCUGGUCAACCAGUACAAACCACUACGGCCAUGCAUCAGCUCCAAACCCAAGGUGGAGGCCACAAACCGAGGAUGGAAGAGUCCAAAGGGGAAAGCCAAGAAGAAGGUGGUAUUCGCCGACUCCAAGGGCAUGUCCCUUACGGCCAUCCACGUCUUUAAGGAGUUUGAAGAAGACGCCAUGUCUGACUUGCAGUUCGAGCUGGCAGACUUGGAGAACGCCAUCGGGGGUAUGAAGGUGGAGAAGGAGAAGAGUUUUGUUUUAGACUUCCCCCAGCCUGCUGCAGACUACCUGGACUUCCGAAACCGUCUCAAAAAGAACUCUGUGUGUCUGGAGAACUGUGUGAUCCAAGACCGUACUCUCACAGGCACAGUGAAAGUCAGCAAUGUGAGUUUUGAGAAGGCCGUUGAUGUGCGGAUAACGUUCGACUCGUGGAAAAGUUACACGGACGUUCCUUGUGCCUACAUGAACAAUGUUUAUGGUUGCACAGACAUUGACACCUUCUCCUUCACCAUCGACCUUCCGAGUUUGGUGCCCCCUGAAAAGCAUGUGGAUUUUUGCAUAUCCUACAAAACCCACGACCAGACGUACUGGGAUAAUAAUGAUGGGAAGAAUUACAGGUUGAUUAAUGAGGACAGCGAUGGCGACCAUAAUGGCCAUGCUGCUCCAGCGCCAUCCGAAAUCAAGAGCCCUGGCACGCGACCGGAGACGGAGUUUGAUCAGUUUGGGAGCCCAAGGACAUCCAGUGGCUUUUUUCCAGAGUGGCAAAGCUGGGGUCACAUUGAGAACACCACUCCCUAUUGGUGAGGCCAUUAGGGUGCCCCAUGCAGUUCCAUUGAAGCCACAGGAAGUUCUAUGGGUAAAACCAU